CAACAACAAAGACACGACGCACCCUUCCAGGUGUUUCAGGCCUUGGGGCUGUAAAAGCCGGAAGAUCGAUGUCUGUGAAUGCUCCUUAGCGUUUAGGCUUGUGUGUACCUCCACAAUCGUCCAAGGCCUUCCACAGCGCAGUGGUCAUCUUUCAGUUUUUACGCACCGUUGGACUACCCGCAGGCAUCAGGCUAACAGCGGCACCAUAGUACCAUGGAUUCACCACUUCAAGAUCUUUCACGACAUGCCACCCGCUACAGCGUAAACUUAGAUGGGCAAGUUGUACGCGACACAAACUACCACCCUCUAUGUGGCGGUUCCGCGGAUGUAUACCGAGGAACUAUACAGUCUACUGGUGCAGAAGUCGCUAUCAAGAUCAUUCGCACUGAUCUCGCAAGUGAUAUUGCUGCUAUUAAGCACACCCUCCGGGAGGUGCAUCUCUGGUCUAAACUUCAGCAUGAAAAUAUUCUCCCAUUGUUUGGCAUCACUACCGAUUUCGAUUACACCGUUUCUAUAGUGUCACCGUGGAUGAAGACCGGAAAUGCUUUUACCUAUGUACAAGAUAGAAGUGUUGAUCCGCGGCCAUUGCUUGUGGGAGUCGCAAGAGGCCUACUCUACCUUCACACUCAUGAUCCUCCGAUUUUCCAUGGGGACCUCAAAGGGUUCAAUGUCCUGAUCUCUACCGAGGGCCGGCCACUGAUAUCUGAUUUUGGUCUCUCUACCCUCGCCGCGUCUUCAUUUAGCAUGUCGAUGAGUAGACCCACCGGUGGUUCCAUACGGUGGAUGGCCCCUGAAACUAUCGAGUCCUUUUCCAAGGCAAGCGCCGAAGGAGACGUUUGGGCAUUUGGAAUGACUGCUCUGGAGUUAUUUACGCGGGAAUUGCCUUUCGGUGCCAUUUUGGCCCUCCCUGCUGUCAUGCUUCGAAUCAUGGAAGGACCGCCUGAUCGCCCGAAUUUGAGGUCUACUUGUUUUCGUAUGACCGGGGAUUGGUGGCAGUUAUGCCUCUCGUGUUGGCAACGCGAUCUUUCGACACGCCCGCAAAUGUCUGAAAUCCUGUCCAGAAUUCAGACUUGGCAAGAGAGAACACUUUCAUCUUCCGCUGAGGACCUUGAAAGCGAUACUUUGGAUUCCCAUCCUGCAGUAUCCGAUAGUUCAACGGUGCCGGGUACAAAGGGCAAAGCGUCCUCGACCAUUCCAAAAGAGUCUUCGAGGGUUGACCUCUCGGAGACCAUGGUGUCUGCUGAUUCCUCUGCUUCCCAUCCACAUAAGGAUGGAGACACAUCGGGAAGCUUCAGUUCCUUCCUUGCGUCCAUAACUGAUGACCCGUCGGCCUCUGUCGAGUCGUUCAAUACCAUGUACAAUCGAAGUGAUUUCCCGGAGUGGAGCGAAGUGGUCACCAACCAGACAGCCACCUUGGAUUCUCGUGGAGUGCUGCUACAUAGUUCGAUUUGGAUAGACUCUGUGGCCUCGGAGAACAAAAGUCUCGCAAAUGCAUUGCCAACGAAAGACGCUGACUUGGCCAGGUUCGCUACCCUAGGUUGGAUCAAGUAACAAAUACUUCGAUCGGCCAUGGUCACUUGCAAUCCGGGUCAUUGAAGAGUGGGGGAUGAUUACGUUGCAAGUGAAACCAUUAACUAGCUGUUCACUAGGGCACCAGGAACAGCUUCGAGUUGACGGCCUCAGGAUCUAACCUCACCUGUACCAUCGCGUGGAACAGUGUCAUCAUUCUUUUAAUGAGGU